CUCCAAGAGAGGUGCAUGGAAUAGCAUGGCAGAAGUUUUGCCUCGCGAUGGGCAGUGCUAAGCAGCCAGAGGCAUUGCAGUUGUUGAAGCAAGAUGCAGUUCCAGAAGAUGCCUCCCAGCCCAGCAGCAGCUUACCUUGCAGUCAGGAGAAAGACAGCCGUCUCCAACACACCCGAUGUGACGGAGGAGAUCUCACCAUGAGGAACUGCUGUGUGAAUGACCUUGGCACCAAAGACGGCAGCCAAGAAGACACCAUGGUGGACAACCCAGACCAGAAGGAGAAGACGCCAGCUGUAGCCACAAAGCCUUCCAUGGAACUAGUCACUGCCACAGGUACCGUGGCUCUGAAAGAUGCAACGGCUGGAGGAACCACCUUGGAAGAGGAAGGGGAACGAGCAGCCCAUCAUGACUUGCGGCACAACAGCAAGCAGGGCUCAAGCUGCAGGGAUCUUCCCAGUAGCUUAUCCAAUACCUGCAACCCCCUGGAAAGUAAAGCUGUUCCUGGAGAUGCCGGUACUACGCAUCUCCCGGCAGAGCCCUGCCUAAAGGGAACCAACCAGGACCCUUCCAGUGCACCAGCCUCCCUGAAACAUGUGGCAUUUCUUGAACCAACCAAAAACACCGCUGAGGCUGAGAGCACCCAAGCAGGAACAGCACAUUCCGAGGGGGGUCCUGCACUUCCCACGUGCCUGAAAAACACAAGCCAAGGACAGCCGGGUGCCUCCAAGGGAGAUACAUCACACUUCAGCAGUGAUGUCUGUGAAGCAGCGGACCACUUGAGCGAAGGACACAGAGGUCCCCUCGCAUCAGAAGCUCCCAAGGAGUUUACUCAAGACCCCUUGGCAUCUGAAGCCACAUCAGGGAAGUCAAGCAGACCAGUGACAGAAACAGACCAGUUGGGGGACCAUAGCAGGGAAGUGAGGUUCCCUGCUCCGGAAGCUAACACAGCUGGGAACUCCAGUAGAGUGCCAGGAAACCCUGUGCCUGCCGUUCCUCAUGAAGCCAAGGGCACAUCAGGUGAGUCACAAACAACCCCAGGUGAAGCCACCAAGGAGGCGGAAGGGCUCAGAGAAGUGACACCCUCUGAGUCCAAGGGUCAAUACCAAGCUCAGGAACAACAAACACCAGAAACGACCAGUGUGGCUGUGAGUGAGGAGCGCACAACAGACGUCGAGAAGAGGUCUGUGGAACUUCUCACCCAAACCUGCUCACUUGAGGUCACUCCCCCCCAGCACGACGCUGGGACUCAAGUUGACAAUCGCGUGUCUUUGGUGUCGGUGGCCGUCAGCCCCAUCAACCCGCCUGACGGCUCCUCGGCUUUCACUUUCCACACAAGGGGCUUGGGGGCCUCCUCUCUGAAGAGCCCCGGCCCGGAGCAGAAGCCAGCCAAGAGAGAUGCAGAGAUGCAGGUGUCCAUCCCGGUGGAGACCAGGUCCGUGGCCACGGGGCCCAUGACUCCCGUGACCAAAUCCCCCCAAGCGUCCUACCCUGAGGUGCACGUGAAAGGGGCCCAGGAGGAGGCGCCCGAGCCGGUGCGGGAGGUCAGCUGGGACGAGAAGGGCAUGACGUGGGAAGUGUACGGUGCCUCCAUGGAGGUGGAGGUGCUGGGCAUGGCCAUCCAGAAGCACUUGGAGAAGCAGAUUGAAGAGCAUGGCCGGCAAAUGGUGAUGACACCUCAGAGCACCCGUGCCAGCUCCAUCAAGGGGGCUCCCCCCAAGGGGGAGGUCAAGAGGCAGCCCAGCGUCUUCAGGGCACUCCUGCAGAAUGUGCGGCGGCCCCGCUGCUGCUCCCGAGGAGGACCCACUGUGGAGUGA